AACGAUAGCAGCAUCCAAUCAACGCCGUGAAUGAUGGCGAUGUCUGUGUUGUGUGGUAGCAGCUACGAGCAGGGCUAGACAGUCAGUAUGGCGGAGGGGAGCAGUACGUGCGACACAGAGGGGCUAGAAACGCAGUUACAGAGUCUGUUAAGCCGCUUUUCAGGUGGCCAACUCGGAGUCGACAGCGAACCGUUCUGCUCUGACUUUUGCAAGGUGGUGGAGGAGUUUGCCUCCCGCUGCGACGCCCCGCUACCCCAGCUCAGGAUCCUCGACGUGGCUCUCUCCUACUUUUGUCGAGGCUCCGCCUUUUUCUCCACCAGCGGUGAGCAGGUGCAGCAGACCAUCAGCAGCCUGGCUCUGAGUAUCUUUGAGCUGCUGCUGUUCUUUGACCAAAAGGAGUUCUGCUCGGAGCCGCUGAAAGAGUUCAGGAUCACAUUCCAGGAAUGUCACUCGGUUCUGGAAAAGUAUGAGAAUGUGUACUUGCUCCAGGUGGAGCGUUUGGUCCGGGACGGCGGUCCGUGGGCCAGUCCAGCCUUACAGGCCAUCCUCAGCGAGUCCAGAUUACCUCAGCUUGAAGUGGAGCGCUGCAUCACAUCGGAGCUGCCGGCGUUCCUGGAGCUCCGUGUGCGUUACCUGUUGUCCCGCCGACGCUUGGCAGAGGCCAUGGCCCUGGCUAAAUGCUGUGUGCUCCAUCUUGCUGCCAGACAGCACCUGUUCUUCCUCCAGGUCUACCUCUCAUGGCUCUGUAGAACAUCCCAGCACAAACGCCUUCACGAGGAGGUGGCUGGCGUUAGCGGUAAGGACGCCGUAAACAUCAUCUGCAAUCUCGAGCGUGAAGAAACCGACGAGGUGCUUUUGUCCCUCAGCGCUGCCUUCCUGUCUCACCAGCUCCAGAGGGGCGACGUGUUCUACUUGUGCAACCUGGUGUGUGUGUGGACGAAUCUUCACGGUCGCGUGAACAGAUCCAAGCAGGCUUUCCUGGAGGAAUGUCGUCGGCUGAUGCUUUCUGCCACAAACGUUAAAUCCAUCUUCCCGUUCAUCAGAGCCGUCCUGCAGGAAGUGGGCGAUGAUGGGGUCCAGUUCUGUGUGGAGCUCUGUGCCAGUGCCCUGCGGUCUCGUCUGCCCUGUGAUGUCAUCACAAAGACUUGUAUCUACAAGACCAUCGCCGGCCUGCUGCCCGACGACCUGGAGGUGUGCCGAGCUUGUGCUCUCCUGGUCUUCUUCUGCGAGCGCACGGUUGAGUCCUACAAGAUGGUGUACCUCCUGUACAUGCUUCCGGAUCAGGAAUACCACGUGGACGACAGCCCCAUCGGGAACAGCGUUCGCUUUGAAACCCUGCAGGUCUUGAAGAAGGAUCUGUUUUUUGACCCGGAGCUUUGGAGCCUCGUGGCUUUGCGGACCAACUGUUUAAAGCUGCUGAGUGAGAAGGUGGUCAAUGCUGCCCUGGAUGAGAUCAGGGAGGACAAAUGGAUCUCCAAGUAUUGCACCAAAGCGCCUGCUCUCAGCCCGCGUGCAUCCAUAUGUCAUAAAGAAGCUGCAGCUAAAAGGAGACACCAAGAAGACCGAGACGCUGCGUCCAAAAGACUGAAGAUGGGCACAGGAAAAACACGCCUGCAUGACCAUUCCCUGAGGAGGAAAGGAGAGCACGGAACACGACCUUUAAAGGAAGCUUCUUCAACUUUGAGGCGCUCAUUUUGGCAGCUGGACAGAAUACACAGCAGUUUAACCUUAAGGUAUGAAGAUCAUAAACGGAGUACGAAGUGCUCGGAGAAAAACCUACCAAAGAGGAGAAUUAAAAAGCCCAGGUGGCUGCUGGAGGACUCGGGAGCUCUAGAAGAGAAUGUUCCUCUGAAGAUGAAAAAGAACAUGUUGAAACAAAAAAGACAUCUUCGAUCGUGCGUCAUGAAACGAUCUCAAACCGCUCAGAUCAAGAACGCCAAACACAAACCUUCCGUCAAGACUCUCCUGAAGGCGAGGGAAAACAAAAAGCAUCAGAACGGCUUUUCUCUGGACUGCAUUAAACCCGCGCCCCCCCCUAAAGUCAUCCUGGAGCUUUCUCUGCCAGACAACGAACUGAUGGAGUCGUUUUCUGAAGAUACGUGCAACAGACAUCGGGGGUUCCCCCAAGUGCUUCUUUAUAAACCUACAGUCAAAUUUCCCGACACAUCACUGCCCAGCAAGACGGCACACGGCAAAGAGGUGAUUCUGCGAUCUCGCGAUGCUAGUAUGUUUGUGCAACAGCUGCACUGCUACGCUCGACGGCAAAAAGGAAAAGGUAACGGGUCGAGUAUUCAUGUGUCCGUGUCAACAAUCACACGCUCAUCGGUGCAGGGAAUUCCAUCCAGGGAUUCACAAGGAGAAGUUUUUGAGAAGCCUGGUUCUGCCCCUCAUGUAGACAAGGAUGCUGGAUCUCAGGCUUCUGACAAUGUCCUUAAACAUCAAAGUCCAAAGGCAGGAGUGAGAAAAACCUCUUCAGCCGGAGAGUGCUCUGAAAAGCCCGAAAUAAUCAAAGUUACUGAUUCUAAUAGGACACCCUCACCUCACACCUCAGAAAAUGUUCUCCAAAGCAAGGCCUUGGAAGACACAUCUGCUGAGGUGGAAGGCUCAGUGUCUUUAAAGACUUUAUCAGAGACCUCACAACCUCCCGUCAUUGCUACAGGAGGAGAGCACUUUGAGGAGCCAGCCGUGGAAAUGAAGGUCACUAUUGCCUCACAAUCUCCAGUUGUAGACACAACAUCCAAAGCCUCAGUGGAAGAAGAUGUGUCUAAAGGCCAAACUUCUGCAGUAGAUGAGAAUAAGCAGACGGCUACUAAUGAGAUCCAUCCAGGAUCCAGUAGUCCCAGUGUUCCAGUGGGUGGAGAUGCUGAUUCUGUGUUGUCAAACUGUCCAGAUCUUCAUCUUGAAGGUGUGGAGCAAGAAUUAAAUUCUGUGCAAUCUCAAGAUGAUGGCACCAAGAACUCCACGGAAAAGGGUGUUUCCUGUAUGGAUGCCAUGGAGUUAAACGUGCCUUCUAACAACGACAGCAGCCCUGUGGAAAACGUGCUUGGUAUGUGUAAACCGUCUGAAACGAAGAGCGAUGCUGGAGUAAGGGACACUUCACCUCAGAUGGUUGAGGAACCUUCACUAAAGCUGCUUGAUCCAGAUCCAGAAGUAGACAAACGUAUCGUUUCAGACGGCGGUACGCCCAAAGAGUCUAGUGGUGAACGUCAACCUAAAGCAGGUCCGAGAAUCAGAACUAGCUCUAGAUGCUCGGUGUCAGAAGAAGAUAUUUCAGUUGUUAUCAAGCAAGAGAAAAAAGGGAAAGCAAACAUAGAGAAUAUUUCUAGAUGCUCGGUGUCAGAAGAAGAUGUUUCAGUUGUUAUCAAGCAAGAGAAAAAAGGGAAAGCAAACAUAGACAAUAUUCAUUCAGACAUACCCGAAGAGUUUCUGGAGACGCCUCCAGAAACGGAAGAAACCCACCUGGAUCACUUCUGUACUUUCUGCAAUAAAGACUUUAAGGGGCCUCGUGUUGUAGAGCAUGCUAUGCUCCAUUACCGCAAAGACGAGUGCACUUUCUGUAGGAUUAUCUUCAAAGACGACCUGUUGGCCAUGAUGCACCUGUCUGAACAUAUAGAAAAGCUAAAGAGAAUCAAAGAUCCUCCAGCUGGUGGCAAAGCUCAGAAACACCAGGUCACCAAAGAUGCCUCCACCCCUAAAACCAAAGCAAAGACUCCGUCUGGACAUCAGAGUAAAGGGAAGCUGAAGAAAACCACCGACAGCCCUGAAAGCAGUUCCAAUGAUACUCCGUUGGAAUCCAGAGCAUUACGAUCUAGUCACAAACAAGUCAGCGGUACAUCGUUACCAGACAAGCAGAAACCAUCAGCGAGCGCUAAAGCAGCCAGUCACAGGUUAAACGGACAUGUUGGGCUGAAACGAGACUUAAGGGAAAAGAAGGGACAUGAAGUGAGCUCUCAAGGAAAGCCUGCUAGAGUAAAAAACUCAAGCCUUCAAGAAAACCAACAGCUUGAGUCGGACGAUUCUGCAUCCAUUCAGCCGGACAAAGGCUUCAACUCCAGAGAGGACAGAAAGAAAAAAGAUUCAGUCCAGAAUCUGAAAAAGUCCCCAAAACAAACGGUUCAAAAGAAAAGUGUGGAAAAACUCUGCUGUCCUGUGGAUGGAUGCUCCUGGUUUACAGACCUCUCCAAGAACAAGGUCACCUUCCUGUACCACACUCUUGAGAAGCAUUACGGAGACAUCAAACCUCUGGAGCUGGCGUUCCGAGUUGCUGAGAACAAGUGCAGCAUUUGCAUGAGGGUUUUAUGGAGUUUUGAACACUUUCAGCAUCACGUGGAAAGACACAGACUCAUUCCCCGUUACCCGUGUCUCCAUCAGGGUUGUACGGAAAGGUUCAAAACUGGAAAUGACAUGAGGCGCCACACCAGAAAGCACAAUCCACUGCAAGCAACGUGCUGCCUCCCCGGGUGCCCCAAACUUUUUAUUUGUCUUUGGGCUCUGAACCUUCAUGAAAAAGAGCAUUAUUCCUCCAAGUCGGUCAAAAUGAAGAAUGCAAAUGAACAAUCGGCUGAUAACCUCUGUAAAACACCAGUUAGCAAGAAUCCUCAGACUUCAGAGGAUAACGCUGAACCCAAUGCUGGAAAUAGUACAGAGAGCGUAAAACCUACUCUUAGGUUAAGGGGACAGGAAACAAAAGAUCCGGUUACUGCUAUCACAGGAGCUAAGAAAAGCAAACCAAAGCAGAAAAGCAAGAGCACAGAGUCACACGUGUUAAAUCUCUCAGAAAAGGACAUUUCUGUGCAACCCGCCCUCCGCCAUCUCAGAUUAAGACGAACCUUAUGGAACGUCAGAAAAACGAACAAGAGCCUGGAUUCUCACAGAGUCCAAAAAGUCACACCAUCGUUAAAACACAGUAGCAAAUUUAAGUAUAGAUUAAGGAAAAUGCAGAUCGGUGUGAACAAAAGAUGUUCUACAAGAAGAGCAACACUUCUCAGGCUAAAUAAAGCAGCUUUCAAUGAAAAGCUCGCUACCGGUCCAAAAACAGUCAAGUUAAGAACCAGCAUCAGGCUGAAAGAAGAAAAGAACAAGCAGCAGAUGCACGGUGAAGACAAAACUACGGAGAAGACAAGUUCUUCAAAGUCCUCCGCAUCAGACGACAAGCAAGCAAGGACUGGAGUUGCCCCUGAACUCAGACAGGAGUCUAGUGAUGGCAAACGGGAAACAGGUCUCAAGAGGAACCAUCACACUUCUGAUUCCAGCAAGUCCAAAAAUAACAGGAAUGUAAAAGUCGGAGUCAUCAAAAAGGCCAUUAAACUGAGUAAAAAACAAGUCAUCCCGUUACCCUCGAAACAGCCAGCCAAGUCCAAAGCUGCCCCACAGGUAGAAAACACAGCUCUGGAAAGUUCUGCUGGUGACCAGCUGGUAACGGCGAGGGAGAACCCAGAUUCAACUCUAAACUCGGUGCUUGCUUCAGCACUGGAAAGUUUAAACCAACCUUUAACCACAGAGGAAGUUCUGGAGGACCCAAAGAUCCCAGUUAUCACAGAGAAGAAAGAGACCUCCUUAAAAUCGGGAAAUGCAACAAAGCUGAAGAAAAAACUGGAACAAACGUUUCAAGAAAACCCGUCAGAAAAAAGUAAAGGCAACAUUUCUGCCUUGAAAAGGUCAAAAUCUGACCCCAAAGGCCAGGAUAAGGCUAGAGGAGCAGCGGGGAUAUUACAGGGUCUGCAGAGGUUAAUAAAGAGCAGCCUUGAUGAGAAGGAGAAGAGAAAAGAGGAGGUCUCUCAUGAAGCACCUGCUUCGUCCUUACCUACUGAUGUGGCAGAGCAGACCCGUUCCACAGACCCAGAAGAGAGCAAACCCAAGGUACAGGACAAACCUAAGAAAUCAAAAAAGCCUGAUGCUAGCAAGAAGCGCAGGUUAACCAGUAAAGAUGAUUCCGAAAAACCUGCCAAGAAAAAGUGCAAAAGUCGUGAUCAGACAUCGACGAAAAAGUCUACAAAGCCUUCUUCUAAAGGUCAGUCAGCAGCUGGCAAGGCAGACAAAAGCUCCCCUCAAAAAUUUACUAUUGACAUUUCUAGUCACUCUCAGCUUAUUAACAAAGAACCAACAUGUGAUGACUCAGCAUUUACGCCAUCUAAGGAAGUUCUCGCCGAGUACGGCAAGAAGCCACACAUGCGUCUGCCACCAACGGCAUACCUGCAUGAGAAGUACACCACCAUGCCAAAGCGGAGGAAGGAAGUGCUGGUCCAACGCUGUCUUGUUGGUGUUCCUCUUGAACCAGUCUUUAUGAAAACCAUUCAUCAGAGACAUCGGUGUGCCAACUGCUUCACCACUUUCAGCAGCACCGAGGAGUUACAGAGUCACCUUCAGCUGCAGAAGUGCUCCAACUUGUUUGGGUUCGACUCGGACGAUGAGGGUAAAUGUUGACGUGGAGUCUGCUAUGGUUUUGGAUGGAGAACACACCUGUGGACCUUCUCUGAGGAUGAAUCGCACCUCGACCGUGGGGGCGGAGACUUGUACACCUGCGAUGCAGACCAUAAAACUUUACCGGAAGCUCCCUGCAGUGUGCAGGCAGCCCGAGAGCAGCAGGUCACACGGCACCGCGAUCAGAUGUGAAACUACUGGCCUGGAACCAGUCAGAUUGGUGGAGACGGCUCGUGCUGAAGUGCCUGCUCUGGACCCGUCGUGCUGUUCUCCAGCUGCAUCGGUUAAAGCUCUGGAGAGAGGAAACGGGCACAAAUCUGCGAGGCUACAAAGUGUUCAUGACCUUAAGCCAUACAGGAACAUGUUUGUUUGCCUUAUCCACUCAAAAGAUUGAUUUGUGUCAAAAUUUAAACAAAAACGAGCAUCAAAUCCAGUUUUAUGGCUUAGAACUCACCCAGCUGGUUUAGACGUACGUCUGCUGUAUCAGAGGCUUCUGUAAGAAGCUUUUAUGUGUAAAUUGUUGUUAAAAGUCUAAUUGUGAUUAACGAAGAGCCCUGGGGGGGGGGUGCUCACGUAUUCUGUGCUGCUUGUCCUUACGUGUAACCAGUAGGGGGCACCCUUCAGCACAUUAAAUACCAUUUACUUGAUGUAGGCUUUUGCUUUCAGUCUUCCAAAUCUGUUUAAUUUAAGAUAUCAGUUUUAUUUAAUUUAACAAAUUAUAAACUGUGCCACUGUCUCACUUAUCUGUAAUAUUAAUGAUUCACUUGCUGAUGUUUGCUUUCUCACAUUUUAAUUAUGGUUUCCAAGCAGAGCGGUUUUUAGAGAGUAGUUUCAAACACGCUGAAGAGACCCGCCCUCGCGUCCCAGAUGGUUUCCACGAAGAGCAGCAGCAGGUUCUAUUUAUUUAUCUUUUAUUUUCUAUCUUUUGUAAAUAAAUAUCAAGAGUUUCAAUGACUUAUUAAAUAUGGGAGUGCAGGAGCCGAGUUUCUAUUUUGUUCUUUAAGGAAAAAAUAAAAGUUUCCAAUUCUAA